UGAGAGAAGGUCAUGGCAAGCAUCUUUGAGCAGUCGCGGAAUUCCGGGACCCUCUUCCUAGGAGGAACCAAGCUGAGUGGCUCUGAUAUUCGCGAUCAGAAUGUUCUCGCAACACAAGCCAUCGCCAAUGUCGUGAAAAGCUCGUUUGGCCCCUCCGGCCUCGAUAAGAUGAUGGUGGAUGAUAUAGGGGAUGUCACAGUCACCAAUGACGGAGCCACGAUCUUGAGCUUGCUCGAUGUCGAACACCCCGCUGGGAAGAUCUUGGUGGAUUUGGCCCAACAGCAAGAUAAAGAGGUUGGAGAUGGCACGACUUCGGUUGUGCUGAUUGCCGCUGAACUGCUUCGACGUGGAAACGAAUUGAUGAAGAACAGAAUACACCCCACCACCAUUAUAACAGGGUACAGACUAGCCCUCCGCGAGGCCGUAAAGUACAUGAACGAAAACAUCAGCAUCAAGGUCGACAAUUUAGAGAAGGACAGCAUGCUUAAUAUUGCCAAAACCUCCAUGUCCAGCAAGAUUAUCGGGUCGGAUAUGGAUUUCUUUGCCAAGAUGGUCGUCGAUGCCAUGCUCUCCGUUAAGACGACAACUCCAAAGGGAGAAGUCAAGUACCCCGUCAAGGCGGUUAACCUGCUCAAAGCACAUGGAAAGAGCGCUACUGAGUCCAUAUUGGUUAACGGUUACGCCCUGAACUGUACUAUUGCAUCCCAGGCCAUGCCUACCAGGAUAACGGACGCGAAGAUUGCCUGUCUCGAUAUGAAUCUUCAGAAAGAGCGAAUGAAACUCGGCGUUCACAUCACCGUCGAUGAUCCAACUCAGCUGGAAAAGAUCCGUGAGCGAGAAUCUGGCAUCGUUAUUGACAGGAUAGAAAUGAUCCUCAAGGCUGGCGCCAAUGUCAUCUUCACCACCAAGGGAAUCGAUGACAUGUGCUUGAAGAUGUUUGUAGAGAAGGGUGCCAUGGCAGUUCGACGAUGCAAGAAGGAAGACUUGCGGCGAAUCGCCAAAGCUACCGGUGCUAGUCUACUCAGCACCCUCUCUGAUCUUAACGGAGACGAGAAGUUUGAAACCUCAAGCCUGGGUUAUGCGGAUGAGGUUGUCCAAGAGAGAAUAUCCGACGACGAGUGUAUCUUGGUCAAGGGAACAAGGGCCUUUAGCUCUGCGUCGAUUAUCCUCCGUGGAUCAAACGACUUCCAGCUAGAUGAGAUGGAACGAUCCGUACAUGACUCCUUGUGCGCUGUCAAGCGCACACUCGAGAGCGGCUCCAUCGUCCCUGGCGGCGGUGCCGUUGAGACAGCUCUUCAUAUCUACCUUGAGGAGUUUGCAAGCACAGUGAGCUCCCGAGAGCAACUCGCGAUUGGCGAAUUUGCCCAGUCUCUACUCAUCAUCCCCAAAACUCUGGCUGUCAAUGCUGCCAAAGAUGCCUCCGAGCUCGUAGCCCAGCUGCGCUCUCGCCACGCUCACGCCCUCCGUGUCCAAGAAGGCGUCGCCAAUGAAGCUGAUAAAGCUAUUGCUAAGCAAAAGAACUAUCGAAACUACGGACUCGAGCUCCUAAAGGGCCGAGUAACCGACUCCGUCAAGGCUGGCGUCUUGGAGCCAAGCAUGAGUAAGGUGAAGCAGCUCAAGAGUGCGGUCGAAGCCUGCAUUGCUAUCAUGAGAAUUGAUACCAUGAUUAAGUUGGAUCCCGAGAAGCGUGAGGAUGACGGACAUGGCCAUUAG